CAUAAUGCUAGCUAGGCCGGCAGACACCUGAAAUGCGUUCCAUCGUUCGCUUAUCUGUUCUCCGCCCAUGACCCGCAACUUUCCGGCCAUCAUCGGCGACGCGUUAUGAGAGCUACUCGCUAUUUGUGGAUCGGUAAUCUUCCCGCUCGUGUAACUGAGGAUGAUAUAAAGAAUGUUAUGCAAAGGUACAUAUUUUCGCCAACCUCCGGCUGGAUUUAUUCGAGAAUGCAUUUGUCGUGAACGUCUAAUGUUCUGCAUGUUGUGCUAAAUGUGUGGAUUACGCACUGGCAUCAGGAUCGUCUUGUUUUUCUUUCAGUCAUGGGAAGAUUCAAACUGUGCGCAUCCACUCCAACGGAGGUUCCAACGGUGCUGUUGUUGCCUUUGUGGACACCCAAUCGGCCACUCGAGCCAUUCAAAGCACCGUCCGGUUGAAUAAGUCGGACUUGUCGCUUCAAUACUGUGAAUCUUCUGGCAUCCCUGGGAAUAUAGCCCAAGAUCCAGCAAAUAUGUCGAGCGAUUCUCUCAAGUCAAACGGUUCCGGCCAUUCUCAAUCUGAAGAUGACCGGCAUUAUCGCGAAAGUCGGUCUAUCACUGUCAGUCAUUCCUUUUCCCAUGGAUCAGACGAAGAGAGAAAAAGCAAAGCCUGCUCCCAUUCAUCGGAUUUACGUUCAGAUCACAACGGCACAGGGCCAACCUCUCGAUCGUUUGGAACCCGACGGGGUUUAUGUGUUCGACAUCUACCCAUUCGAUCUUCUGAUUCCAAUUUAAGAGAGGGCUUAUUUCAUGAAUAUAAGAAGCAUGGAAAGAUAACUUCGGUUGUCAUCCGUGGUCAGGGUGACGAUCGCUACGGGAUCAUAACUUUCAAGCGUGUUGAGGAUGCAUCACGUGCCUUGGAGGUUUCUCGAGAUAAAGUGUUCUUCGGGACGCCCAUUGUCGUCACUUUGCAUGAAGGCCUAGAUUCAGAGGAUCCCGACUUGUGUCCCCCUGAGCACGCUCUAGAUGAGUAUCAUCCUAAGGCCACAAAAACGUUGUUCGUUGGAAACCUCUGUUCGAACACUGUCACACAAGAAGAACUGAGGAAAGUCUUCCGCGUAUACGGCGAGAUCAUAGAAAUUGAUAUUAAAGUCCAAGCCAAUCAACCAGGCACGUCGUACGCAUUUGUACAAUAUUCUGACAUCAAAAGCGUGGUUCGUGCUCUAUCGGGUCAGGACUCUAUUCGUGUUGGUGGCGGCCCUGUCAAAUUGGGAUUUGGCAAGAGCCAACCUACCAAUGUUGUUUGGAUUGACAACCUUCCUACCGUAACUGAGGCGUACCUCACACGGCAGUUUGAUCGUUAUGGACACUUAACUCAUGUUGUUCUGGAUAGAAAGUCAUCGCGUGCUCUGCUUUACUUCGAUACUGUUGAAAUGGCUCAGCGAGCGUUAAAUGAAACGCGCAACCGCGCCCUUCUCGGACGAAAGGUUCAGUUAGAUUACGCGGGAUAUGAAUGCCAAGUUGCUUUCAUGCGCCGUCUGGGCAGAAAUGACACUUUAGGCCAAGCAUAUGAGAAUUACAGGGAACGUUUGCAGGAGGUUUUGUCACUUUGGCCAUCUUACGGAGUUCCCAUACUCGGUCGGCAAAGAUAUUUUGCCGACUGUUCGAAAAACUCGGUUAAUCUCCACACUGAAGAACUUAGUCCGUCUUAUGAGUCUCGGCCUCACAAGUCUGCAUCAUCGGUCGAUCGUUCAUUUCUCGAUUAUUCCUCCGUACGUUCUAAAGAUAGUUCGCUGGAACCAUCUCGUGCGAAAACCCACUCUUCGCGGUCAAGCGCCAAAUCUUCAAGUGGAAAACAACGCGCUCUCCAUCGUGGCUUUAGCAAGGAUAGCUCGUUAUCACCACCUAUCACUUCCCGGAAGGACAUCAAGUCGUCUCGCAACCGUCGUUGCGUACAUCACUCCAGUUACAAGUUGCGUGAAUCGGAUGCUAAACUGACGGAAACACCUCGAUAUGGCGCGACAACUCGGAAAUGCCUCUUGCCCCGCACACCUCGUCGUCGAGUUGGCAGUCACGAUGGUGCACGGUACGAAUAUCCAGCGCGCCGCGCGGCAUUUAACCGGACGUUCAGCGGAAGUAACAGCAAUUAUUUAGACGAAGCAGAUGACGUUAGCAGUGCUUCUCUCUCUCCAGACACGGGUGCUGCUGCUGCUGAUCUUUCGGCGCUGUCUUCCUCGAGACUUGGAUUUCAUCUCCUUGAGAGUUCACAUCAGACACAUUAUCCCACUAAGAGUGUAUCUUCGGAUUUAUUUAACGAUAAGCUGCAAACGGCGAAUCGAUGUUCUGUUCCAAAAAGCAAAGCUCAUCAUCAUACUCCCACAGUGGAUUAUUUUCCUCCUGAAUCACACAAACGCCUCGUUAAUUGUGACAGAGUUUCGAUGAGCUCCGAGUUAGUUUUUUCCAAAUCACGUCAUCGUCGUUCUCGCGUGGAUUCAGAGGAUUCUCUGUCGCCUGUUCGUACUCAUUUUCACGAAUCUAUGUUGGAUGCUAGCCGUCGUCAUCACACGCUUGUUCGUGAUGAAUUGGAUAUCUCCAGUGUGAGGUCACACGCCCGGUCACGUUUAUCCAAACUCAUCGACUCAAACGUUGUAUCCAAACGGCCACCCCGCACUCCCUGUAAAGUUGUUAAUUCAUCUGACAAUUCAGUCGAUGGGACACGUCCUGUCCUCUCGACAAGUAUCCCCGUAUCUGACAGCCGUGCCCCAUCGCAUUCGCACGACAAGGAUUGCACUUUUGCGUCAACCUCAUCUGGUAUGCGUCGCUUGCCAGAGGGCUUAUCGGAAUCCCGCGACACGCUCACUAAAUUAGAAAUGGAACGCGCCAAACUUCUCAGAGAGUUGUCCCUGCUGAAUAACGAGGUUGUGUCGGGUACCAAAUCGAAGUCACUGUCCGAGAGAAAACGAUCUUAUCCUGAUGCUCAAGCUGAUGAUCGCGUCCUUAAGUCCAGACGAGGCGAUAAUCCUUCGGUGAGCGGUACUGUCAAGUCUGAUGACGUCUGUAUUGUUACAACUACAGCCUCUCAGCGUACUCCGGCCAAGGAUGCUCAGCUUAUCAAUUUCCGAGAAACAAACGGAAGGACAGAUUCUCAUGGCACCAGAUGCGAUCAGCCGCAUCCUCGGAACACGAGUUUACCUGUUUCUUUUUAUCCAUGUAAUGGUUACAGUAGCAGCGGCAGUGAGCUGAGUGAUUUGGUCUACGCUGCGGGGCAGAAUCACCUUGAACUUUCCUCCUUUUUAAACAAAUCGCUCACGACUAUUGAGACCAAAACUCAUCCGGGCCACAGGAAUAGCGACCCAUCUUCCGCCACCGUAAUUUCGGCUGAUUCUCCGUCUCGUCGACCAGCGAUUAUCUCUUCUUCACCACGUAUUAUCAUGCCGCCGGAGCCGACUUCACCAUUGAAUUGUUUAUUAUCCCAUUCGCCAUCACCUAGUGACACUCCAAUGUUCAAUAUUACUUCGCUGAAAAAUGUGGUACCAGGUAAUCACUCUCUUAGUACCACGGCUUCGUUCAACAAAAGGGUCACGGCUUCUCCCAGCGUACCCUCCGAACCCAUCCCUGUGACUCGAGAUCCCCGCCUUCUUGCGCACUUGGAUGAGGCUAUGUGCACUGUUGCACCACCUCCACCACCCCCGCCACCUCCGCCGCCGCCGCCACCUCCACCACCUCCGCCUCUUCCUUCUCCUCCAUUACCACUCGACAGUUUGCAAAUCAGCUUACGGGCGGAUACCACUCGAAAUGAUUUCACUGCUUCAAGCACUUUGACAUGUUCCUCAGUGAAAACAACAUCUAGUAAAAUUGACCGGAUUAGCUGUGCUGACAACAGCGGUGCGGAUUCCGAGCUGGAAGCAUCUUCCCUCGAAACCUCUGCUUGCUCCUUAGAUGAGCGUAUUCGGCUUCUAGAUGCACAGCUAUUAAGAUCAGAAAAAGCCCGUCCCGCAGUGGACUACAGUAAAUUCCGGAUCAAGCGUAAAACAGAGACUACGCCUGUUCCUAUCCAAUCCGGCCAUUCGUCUACGUCGUCCAUCUCAGUAAGCUACAGUUCUCCCUUGACAUCUUCGUGCUCAGACGAUCCUGUUCACUGUGGCCUAUCCACAGUCUCACUUAGCACUUUUAAGCGCACACUAUUUGAGUGUGCAUCGAUUGCAGACGAGAGUACGUCAUCCAUUAUGAUCAACCCAAACACAUCUGCAUCAACCUCUCCCAACAUUCAUGGACCCACCUCUCCGUUGUCCACUAUCCGACCUGCAGACACGUCAGAGUUUGUCAAAAACAUGUUGUCCCUCUCGAAGCCAUCCCCAUCCGCUCCGAUAUCCGAUCAACUUGCGUCUCGUGAUCCGAAUUCCAGCAAUCGAUCUACUCUGUCUCGAUACCCUGUAAUCACCACGAGAACCUCUUUGGCAUCUUCUACUUAUGACCAUGUGGAUAGGUCCGCCUCACUCUCAAACUCUUGUCACUCUUUGAACUCCUCGCUUGGUACACGCUCUUUUGCUACCCCGCAUUCUUACCUGCCACCCUCAUGUAGUGUUGGCUACAGUUCACUCAGCGGAACACAACCGAUUGGUGUCGCUACACGUUUGCCACCUGUACCCUCCGUGACACGCAAGGUGGACCUCAAGGCCUGCGAUGCGGAUGCUGGGCUUGUUUCAGUGUCACUGCCUAAAUUCCCUGUCACUGAGUCUAAAGUUAGCGCUUCGAUCAAUACAGAGUUGAGGGACCCUCCGCUCAAAUCGAUCUUAAAACGUGAGACUACUUCCUUUAACCUAAGUCAGCCUGAUCCGGAGCCAGGUGGGAAAUCCGCUCUUGAUGAAUCUACUGCUCAAGUAGCCACCAAGCACCCGCUCGAAGUCACGGAAUCUAAAAUUCCCAAGGUUCCGGAUCCCAUACUUUCAAGAAUCUCCAAUCAAAAGUCACUGAGGUGUGAUGGUGAAAUGUCGGAGACACAGGUUCGUCCACUGCACUCGGAGAGUACGAAACCUUCUCCAACGUGUGUUACCCUUGUCAAGUUAAAAACAUGCGCUGUGAAACCUGAGCUGUCACGAGCUGCGAAUUCCAAGGUUUUAAAAUCGGACAUUCCUAGGCCGACACUAGAUGAUUCCAUCUUUAAAGCCGCUUGUGCAGGAACGGACGUCAAAAAGGACAGGUCGAAGUGUAUGCAUGGCGAAUCGUCUGGACGAAACACCAACGCAUCGACGUCCAAUUGCUCUCGCGUGCCGCAGGAUGCAGUAGAGAAUCGUAAAACUCAGUUCAUUCCCGGAAACCGAAAGUCAAAGAAUGUGCAAGAUGAUGCAGCCAGACGACUGCAAUCAGUAACUGCUAAACGAUCUAAAUGUUUGCCUUCAUUGGAGGCACCACCUUCAAGUCCCCGACCGGUGAACAACGCCAGCAAGAAGUCUGCCACUGUUACAGCCAAGGGAAAGCGCGUAAAAAAGAACUCUGCUGCUAGAAAGGUUAUUCACAACUGUCGCGAAUUGGCCUCGAAUAACACUUCUUCCGAUGCUGAUUCUACCACCAAAGCCUCAUCGGAACCUGUGGUCUCUCAGGAAACGGGCUAUGAAUCGAUGUACGAUAAAAUAAAGCGCCGUGCUAGCAAAUGUUCUUCACUUUCUAGAAUUUCGGAUGACUUGCAUCAAUCAACAAUAAAACGCACGAAAUCGGCAAGGGGACGACCCAGUCAGAAAAAGAGCGCACCUUCCCAGUGUUCUGCGGAUGAUUCUGGCACGGAUGAAUGCUUAAGCGACGCUUCGGCCCAAUCACUGAACUCACAGUCUGCCCCUGAUUCUCCAGCACUCUCUGAUACGAAAUCCUUGCAGUCUACACGGACGAACAAAUCAACAGGUCAAACUUCUAAGCGUGUUACUGGACACAAGCGGAAAAGGAAAUGUACGGUCCUGAACUCAGCUAGUAACAAGCCUCAAAGAAGAGUUAAAAACUUACCUGACACAUCUCACGAAACUAGUUAUGGUGAGUUGAUAUCCAGUCGGAAGCUUACUCGGGGAAAGCGCGUUCCUAACCGUGCGAAACAGUAUACCCAGUCGCCUUUGGUUUCCAGUCAAUCCUCUUCUCAUCCCACUGUGGUAACUGGCAAUCGCCGAGGAAAUUUUGCAACUAAGAGGUGCAAAACUAAUGGAGGUACACGACGGUUUCCUCCUUCAAACACUCAACAUACAGCUGCUUUUUCUAGUGAUCACCGUCGUGAUCUCGUGCGACUUGUCUUUGCUUCCACUGACUCCGAUACAUCCUCGGUUUCAACUUCUGACUCAGAUGGAGGAGUGCCCACUGUUUGCGGCGCCAACAAAAUUGGCAAUCCCUCUUCUCCUUGUUCUCCUGUUCAACACCGACUCAAUUCCUCCUCCUCCGAUUCUGUCAGCCCGCCUGCCAGCCGUUCUUGCAGUCCUGAUGAUCUGGGGGCUGAUGCUGCUGUUCGGCAUACUUUUGGAGCCUUCACUUCUCCGACGAAGCAACGUCUCAAGGAGUCGUCGAACCCUCUAAAAUGCACAACAUCUCUUGAUACAUCCCGGAAUAAAAGUCCAAUAAGCUCUAGUUCUGUCGAUACUAAGCAGACACCACCCACGUUGCUUAUGUUUGAUUCCAGUCCGGGAGCCCAUCUGCUUCUCGAGAAAGACAACGGUACUCGUGAACGCGGCUGGAAUAUUUUCGCAUCGCUUGCCAAUCAUUCGACCCCAAAGAAACAAUCCGACACUUCGAACUGUUUACCUGUUCAUUCCGGUAGUCUAUUAUCAAAUGAUGGGCUGGGUCUUGAAAAACCCCCAUUGGAGUUUGAUGACGAAUUACCGUCAUUGGAGAAGCACGAUGACGAGGAAUCCAUCAAACCGGACCCCGGCUCCAUAUUGCUGAAUGAUAGCAUUGACCCAGUGCGGCGUGGCUCCCAUGUGCUCAAUGAUGACGAUCUUCCUCCACCUGUGGUUUCGGCAUUAGACGACGCUCUUUCGCCCCCUUCUCUUGCUUUGGAUGCUACACAUACAACGGGUGCUGUUUUGCAAUCGGAUGUGAUUGAAGAGGUGGUUUAUGACACACUUGAAGUGCCUGUCGCUGAUCAACAUUGUUUAGGGGGCUUCAAUCCUCAUGAUGCAGAGUGUGGCAUCCCAAACAAACCAGCUUCGACCCCAUCUUCUGCAGUGGAUUCCGAAGAUCUUAAGCCCUGUGCGACGCGGGAUCUUUCACAUCCACCUUUAAGCGCCCAGAGUUUCGUAUCUGCUGGUUCUCCUGAUUCCAGUAUGUGUACACCAAAUACUCAGUUACCUUCUGUGACCUUAGCUUCUUCACAACUGGCUCCACUAACAGUUUUGAGUUCAAACAACCAGAGCAAUGAGCCUUCUUUGUUUCCACAGCCUGUUUUAGUUGCAGUUCCUAGAUCCACUUCGAGUGUGGCUUUUACACCACCGAGCGUCACUAUUCUGCCGGCCACUCUUCCCCCUUGUUCUGGAACAAAAAAUAGCUCUUUACCUACUAAUCAGCGUCAUGUUGCUCUACUUUUCCCUGCUUCACCUUCAUCGGUUGGUCCACCCUUGCUGACGACGACGAACCCAUCUGCCACACUUUACACAUCACCAACAAUUGUGUAUAAUGGAAGCGUAUCCACUGCCUACGCCUCACCCCUGUGUGUUCUGCCCGCUUCGACCACGGUGGCUAAUCUAUACUUAAAACGAGGGGAACACGAUGUCGCUCAUGGAUCGGAUAGAUCUUGUACAUCUCUCUUACGGAUCGUUUCCACCGAUUCUCUGUCUUCUGCUCCUCCAACGACGUCCACAACUGAGUCACAACCCUCCGGUCCUUUCACAGCUUCUCUGACCGCUCCUUCUGGUAAUACUACAUUCGAUCCAUCGGACUUUACUUCAUAUGUUCAGCGUGUCAUUGAGCGUGUGAAGCAAGAAAAGGAUGAGGAGGUGACGCACCACAAGGAAAAGGCCAAACGACAGAAGAAGGCUGUGAUGGCAACUACCCUAAUGCCAGUUGUUAUAUCCACCAUUACCACAUGCUCAGCUUCUUCCCUCUCAUCCACAUUAGCUGUCACAUCUGCUGCUGGCUCACCAUCCUGUUCUCCGGACGUAGUCUCGUUAUCGCCUUCGACCACAAGUGUUGUGCGUCUAUCCAAGGUAUCAGUAGUCACCGCAAGCCAUGAUGCUCAUCGCGUCGUUCCUACAGUACGCAAGGAUAUCAACACGAGCACUUCAGGCACAUUUGGUCCAUCCGAGGCGAACCCUGAUUCGGUUGGUAAGCGGCAGUUGGACCACAAUGCGGAUGACAGUGUCACUGGACUAUCUUCUUUGGGUGUACUGACUGGUUUGAAUGGACCUGAUGACCAUACCAGAACUGUUCUCGCUGCUCAUCAACCUGGCACGAAUCGUUGUGACACAAUUGAUGAGGUCAUUGAUGCUGUUCUCUGCGGGGAUUUUAACGAAUCCGAUUAUCUCUGGAAAAUAGCAGAGGGGAGGUUCACUGCAGAUGAAUACUCGGUUCCUGACGCAUCAUCUGUACCGGGCUCUUGCGAAAUGUCGGAACCCAAGUUUUCUGAGGAGUGUAACGGAGUUUCUGAAGCAAGAAGUCUCGCUUCACCUCCGAAGGUGUUUACACCGAUGCACGUCUUGACGUUUGUGGCCUCCGGGGGCGCUUCUUCUGUCGGUCAACCCAUAGCAAUUUCCCCCGGUUUGGUUAAUCGGAAUCCUGCUCUUCUACCUCCUUUCUCUCUCCCAUCUACCGUAGCCAAUCAGCAGUCCAUCGUGACUUCUCAAUCGUCCGCUGAGUCCAAUCACGCGCCACAUUCCACUUACUUGACAUCGCUCAAUCCACUUGAGUCGUCCACAUCGAACCCUCAACUUGAGCACAUCGCUGCACAUUUUGCCAAUUCUCCCCUUAGUACUUACUUAUAUUCCUUGCUUGCUCAACACCAGCUUGGCAACUCCAGUCCCACUGUUGUCAACACUUCCGACAGAGGAGACAACGGGCUAACUGAAUGCGCUACUUCCUCUGGGACACAAGCAUCUUUUAAAACAUCGGUUUCUUCUCUCCCAUGUGCUAGCGAUACAGCUGACUUCUUCGCAGCAGUGGCAAAAAUGGUGAUGACCUCGCCGAAGGCUGCUAUUGAGCAGCCUGAAGUAUCGCACACUUUUGCGACGUUCCUCGACCCUUUCUGCGUUCAUCCCUGGCCGACACCCUUAGAAUCCUUGGGUCACCCUCUUUCAUGGCAAGGUCGACUAUCUUUGAAGAAUGAAGAAGUUUUUGUACAUAUGCAUUACCUUGCUGGCAAUCGUACGCUUUUGAAGAAUUCCAUGAAUAUUUUGUUAGAACAGGAUCCAGACUCCGCUGACAUAGACCCUGCACUGGCACCACCCCUGAAGAUCGUUCAACGGAUGCGUUUGGAGCCGUCGCAGCUCGACGGUGUACAACGCAAAUUGCGUCAAGUCACUGACUUUUGUAUGUGCUUAACGCUGGCAACCGCUCCGGCAGAAACCGCGGAAGCCUCCUUGCAGAAUGAAAAGAUUCGAAUGAAUCACAUCCUUUGUGAUGGUUUCAUAAAAUAUUUAGUGGAUAAAUGUGCUGCGGGCAUAAUCAACGUCUGUCACCCCUGCACACAACAGAACAUGUACGUGAUGCACAUAUUCCCGCCGUGUGAAUUCUCCCGUUCCCAGUUGGAUGGAUUUGCGCCCAAUGUGUCACGUGAACUCUCCCAAUGCGCCGCCCCGUAUUUACUUAUUGUGAUCACAACCGUCUGAACACCCCCUGAUGCAUUUACAAUUAGUGACUCCCCGUGUCCACACAUGUGCAUUUUGCUGGAGUGCCUCCGCCUUUCGCAGCGUCGCCAAUCCACUUUACGCGUUCCUUGACUGCUGCUAUCUCUCUUCACCUUGUUCGUGUAGCAGUUCGCCUUUUCGCCACUACCGAGUGGAGAGAAGGCAUUUUUUUCGUUGUAUUUAUCCCAUUACACAACUUGGAAGCUCUGAUGUUAGUCGAAGCGGAUCUUUCUAUUCUUCAGGCCCGAGUUCAACCGCCACCGACUCCUCUCUCGCCCUGGCUCAGUGGUUACACAUAUUGCACCAAUCCCUAUUACCAUUCGUGAACUCUAUACUGCCAAUUCCUCCCGCCUCGUGCAUUCGACAAUGUGAUAACACUAGGUGUUGGCUGUGAUUGCUUUUUAUCGAGAGAGAGAGCGCGCGCAUUGUAUCGCGUUCUCCUUUUACAGCUCCUGUGCCUUGUGUAUAUAAUAACUGUCGUCGCUAUCGCAUUGUGCGCCCCCGUUGGUUUUUCAGCAGUUAUAGCGGGAACCCUUUUAUUCUUCCCUUGUGUACAUAUAACUAUUAUUAUUAUAUGCUUACAUCGUUGUAUGAACUCAUUUGUUAGCCAUUGUACAUAUUACGAUCGCUUGGCUAGUCCGUCACUCUCUCGUGUCCAUUUUUAUUAUUCGUGUUUGGGCUUCUACCAUGAUACAACCACUUGGAAACAAUAUUAACAAACCAUUGCUUAUCGGUUAUUCCACCACUCUGAAUCGUCAUUAUCAUCCAUGAAGGUGGACACCUCAUGUGACAUCUACCAG